GAGUUCAAUCAAUUCUGAACAUUCAAGCAGAAAACAACGCGUGUAAGCAAAGCAGUACGAAAAGUAUAGCUGACAAAGUUCUUAAGAAUCAAAAAAAGGAGAAAUAUCUACUAAAUUAAUAUACAACCGGCAUACAAAACAGAAGUUUAUAUAGUGCACCAUGUCCAGCCUAGCAUUGUUGUUAAAUCUUCUUGACGAAUUGGACCGCGAAGCUCCAUCGUACUAUGGCAACGACUUCGGUUUGGGUUUAUCUCCUUAUAUGAUCCACAACCACGCCCACCGUGAACCUGUAACCAACUCGGUGGGCUAUACACUACCCUUAAGCCUGUUGAAUCGUCUAAGUGAACGCCAGGCUGCCAGAACUCGUCGUGGUGAAAAGAAGGAAGACCGUAUAUCACCCGUUGGCAAAGAUGGCUUCCAAGUUUGUAUGGAUGUGGCACAAUUUAAGCCCAACGAAUUGACAGUCAAAGUAGUAGACAACUGCAUAGUCAUUGAGGGUAAACAUGAAGAACGUGAGGAUGAGCACGGUUACAUACAGAGACACUUUGUGCGUCGCUAUGUCCUUCCUAAAGGUUAUGAUGCCGAAAAAGUCGCUUCAACCCUGUCGUCAGAUGGUGUCUUAACUGUUAGUGUACCAAAGCCCCAAAUUGAGGAUAAGUCAAAUGAGCGCAUUAUACAAAUUCAACAGACCGGACCAGCUCAUUUGAAUGUGAAACAGAAUUCGGAGGAAAAGCCAGCCGAGUCCAAGGAUUCGAAGGAGGAGAAAUAAAGUAGAAGAUGACGCAUUGUGUACACAUUCAUACAAAUAUUAUCCACUGAGUAUUUGAAAUAUUUUAUGUUUAGACUUCAUCCUCAGUUGAUGAUUCCAUCAUUAGAUAUAACCAUUUAUGUACUAUUAAUAGAGUUGGAAACAUAUGUGGUUCCAUUUCGUUCAUUUUGAAUAUAUUAUCAUCUACUUUUAAUUUUGUUUUGUAAGAUAUUCUCAUUCCACGACAAAUAAAGAAAUUGAAUUUCUACCAAGUAA